CCGCACGGCGGCGGCCGGAAGUGGGCGUGCCGUCCAUCAUGGCGGCGGCCUUGCAGAGCGCUCUGCAGUCGGCCGGGCCGUGCCCCGCGGUGGAGGCGGUGAGCGCCGUGCGGGCCGCGCUGCGUGAGAUGGGGGAUAAGGCGGAGAUCGGGGACAGGGAGCGGGCACGGCUCGGAGCCUUCAUGAGGAACAUGGCGGCGGGGCCGGAGGAACCGGCUGGGCCGUGGAGGAGCCUGUUCCUGGAGGGGCCGCCCGACCUCGCUCUGUGUGCGCUGACAGACGGGAUGGACGGAGCGCGCCCCCGCUGGCAGCUGACGGCGCUGCCCGACGUUCUGGAGCAGUUCCUGCGGCGGGGCCGCCUGGCUGCGCUCAUAUGGGAGCUGUGCCAGCCUCACACCCGGCCCGGCUCGGCCGAGCGGCAGGACGCGCUGCUGGCUCGGAUCGUGUGUCUGCCCGACCUGGUCGGUAACAGCCUCCAGGGCCGCAGCCCCGCCGUGUUCUUCCCGCAGCGCUAUUUCCCUCUGCUGGGCAGCGCUGUUCUCCAGGUGCUGCACAACGUCUCCGCUUCGCUCAGAGGUGGCUCGGAUUGCUCCGUCUCUUUCAUUUCACAUAUUCUGGGAAAGGUCUGCGUUCAUGGGAGACAAAAGGAAAUUCUGAGCGUUUUGGUGCCCCCCCUCACAGAUCUCACCAAGUCUGACUGCAUCUGGCAGAGAAUAUGCUGGCGGUUGGUUGAAUGUGUGCCAGACCGCUGGAUGGAGGCAGUGGUCCUUGGUUUUGUCCAGAGAGCACCGGGGGCAGAUGUCUUGUCUCGGUUGCUGGGGAACCUGGUUGUGAAAAAUAAGAAAGCUCAGUUUGUUGUGACGCAGAAGAUGCUGCUGUUGCAAUAUGGCUACACGACUGCAGUGCUGCAGAAUCUUCUUGGCUAUCUGGCCCUGGAUGGUCUUCGUCGUGCCUUAUUGAUCAAGGUGCUGCAGGAGCUGUUGGAGACCUGGGGCAGCAGCAGUGCAGUGAAACACUCCCCAGUGGAGCAGCAGCAGUAUAUUAGUAAGGCCAUCCUUAUCUGCCUUUCUCACCUGAAGGAACCCGAAAUAGAGAGCUGCAGACAAGAACUUCUCACGAGCAUGAUGGAGGGUGUGAAGUGCCACCUGGACAGCAGCCUGCCACAGAUACGGCGUCUGGGGAUGAUAGUGGCAGAGAGCAUUAGUUCAAAGAUAAACACGGAUGGGCCCGUCCUGAAGUUUCAGUAUGAAGAAGAUGAUGAAGCAAGAGAACUGAAGUCCCUCCUGGUACAAACCGCACCGCUCGGUGUCCUCCCAGGUCUUCCAGACAAUGACAGGAAUGAGAACACAGAUGCUGCACUGCCACCAGUAUUGGAAAGUGACAGGAAAUCACCUACAGCAACAACUCAGGUGAUGCCGGAUGAAGAGUCAGAUGCUGAGCUUGACAGCGAUGAUGACCUUAUACCUUAUGACAUGUCAGAGGAUAAAGAACUGAAGAAGACUAAAGCUCCAGUGUAUAUUCGAGACUGUAUUGAAGCCCUGACAGGUUCUGAAGAUCUGGACAAAUGGGAAGAAGCUGUCAAGGCUCUUGAGAGCUUGGUUCGAAAGAAUCCAGCAGCAGCAAGAGAGGUCAGUGUGGAGCUGGCAAAGAUCCUGUUGCAUCUGGAGGAGAAGACCUGCCUGGAAGGCUUUGCAGAGCUCCGUCAGAAGGCACAAGUGGCUGUUUUAACCACUGAUCCAAUUCCUGUUGCACAGUACUUGACCUCCCAGUUCUAUUCUCUGAACUACAGCCUACGUCAGCGCAUGGACAUUCUCGAUGUGUUGGUUUUAGCAGCUCAGGAACUGUCCCGUCCCAAAGGCCAUGGGAAGACCAAACAUUCUGUUGCCCCAACCCCUUGUAUCCAGCUCCUGCCUGAGAGUGGCAGCUCCAAGGACUGGAGAAGAAUUGUUGAUGAGAGAAUCAAAAGCAAGACAAGGAGGUUUGCUAAGGGUCAGUCUCAGGCGGAACAGCCUUCUGGUCCAAAUGAGUUCAGUUCUCUUGCUGGACACUUCUUUUUUCCAUUGAUCCAAAACUUUGACAGGCCUUUGUCAACGUUUGAUCUCCUGGGGGAAGAUCACUUUGUCCUCGGAAGACUGGUCCACACGUUAGCAGUCCUGAUGUACCUGGCUGUCAACACCAUGGCAGCCACUGCAAUGGGAAAGGCACUGCUGGAGUUUGUCUGGGCUCUGCGUUUCCACACUGACUCGUAUGUGCGCCAGGGGCUUCUGUCCUGUGUCUCCUCCAUUCUCCUCAGUGUCCCCGUGGAGCAUCUGCUGCAAGAUGUGACAGAGGAACUUUUGGAGACUCGGUCCUGGCUGGAAGAUGUGGUGGAGAAAGAUCCAGAUGGGGACUGCAGGAGGUCGGCCUUACAGAACUUGCUACUAAUGGAGAACCUGAAGAAGAAACUGGAAGCUGCCCCUUCGUAGCUGAAGGGUGAGAGAAAUGACCUUAACCUCAUCCUAUUGCCAGCUGGAUGUGUGUAGGCACUGCUGGGGCCUCUUCAGCGGUCACCUGGCUGGAGAAGAGGAAGAAGGGGGAAGGGUGCAGUGCUGUGAGCCAGCGAACCCGACUUGACAUCUGGACUUUGUAGUGGAGGCCAAUUUAGUGAGCUAUUGCUAUCCGGUACGGGGUGUACAGAUGCAGGAAGGUAGGAGCGCGCUGCCAUCCUCCCCCCGCCCCCAGCCCCCACCCCAGCUAUUUAUAACCUUGGCAGGUUUGAAUGCUCUGCUAAAAAUACAGGGAAGAUCUCAUAGCAGACUUCUUGUCAGAAAAACAGGAGGGCUGGAAGCAGCCACUUACCUCCCAGGACUGUCUGUGACAUCCCCUGACAGCGGCUGGUCCCAUCUGUGCCAGAAGGAAACUUCAGUUCUAAAAUGCAACUUGUACAGAGCAGUGAGGAGCUCUGCUGGCUGUAGGUGACCCUGCUCAGAGACAGGUGGGCUGCAGGACCAGAUGACAUCCAGGGGUCUCUUCCAAACUCAGCCCCUCUACAAUUCGGAGGCAUAUCCAGCUUUCUUGUCUGGAUGGCCCUAUAAUAUUUAAAUAAAGCUUUGAGGGGGGAGCCUGCAGGACAAGGGCAGUAGUUUGACUCUUGCCCAAGUUCCUGGCCCCUUUUGCUGUCUAAGGAAAGAGAAGUAACGUUGGCACCUGCAGCCGAGAAUUCAGGCUGACAAACCCUCAGCUCCUCAAACAAGACCUGAACUGACACUGCGCAGCUUUUUUUCUUUCUUUAUUAAAAUACAAAAGCUGAGGUUGA